GGUCCGCCUGAGGAGGCUGGAGGGAUGGCGAGUGGGGCCGAGCGGGGACAGACCGGCGGCUGAGGCGGCGGCGGAGGGCGGCCCGGGCCGAGGCGGCGAGCUGAGGGGGCCGCCGGAGAGGUGGGCGGCGAGGAGCGGGGCGUCGCCGGGGCCCCCGGGGCGGGAGGGGAAGGCGCGUCCGUGAGGGGGAGGCCCGCCACCGGCGAGGGGGGAGCAGGGGGUCCCGCCAUUGUCCCGGCCGAGAGGGGUCCGGCUCCUGCUUUGUGAGGAGGAGGAAGGGGCACGGAGCCCGAGGCGGCCGCUCCGGCUGUGAGGGGAUUUCAGGGGAGCCGGCGGCGGAGGGCGGCCCCCGGGGGGGGGGUUCGGUCCUGGGGCUGGUUGGCCGGCGGGACUCUGAGGGAAGAAGCAGGGCCCUCAAUCUCAGGGUCGCGGGUUCGAGCCCCCCCAAACUCCAUUGCGGGGGGGGGGUUGGGCUAGCCCAGUGAUGGCCAAACUCGGCCCUCCAGCUGUUUUGGGACUACAGCUCCCAUCAUCCCUGACCACUGGUCCUGUUAGCAAGGGAUGAUGGGAGUUGUAGUCCGAAAAGAGCUGGAGGGCCGAGUUUGCCUAUGCCUGGUCCAGAUCAUGCCGGGUCCUCUAUGGCAGGCAUCCCCAAACUUGGCCCUCCAGCUGUUUUGGGACUACAGCUCCCAUCAUCCCUGACCACUGGUCCUGUUAGCAAGGGAUGAUGGGAGUUGUAGUCCGAAAACACCUGGAGGGCCGAGUUUGCCUAUGCCUGGUCCAGAUCAUGCCGGGUCCUCUAUGGCAGCCACCCCCAAACUUGGCCCUCCAGCUGUUUUGGGACUACAGCUCCCAUCAUCCCUGACCACUGGUCCUGUUAGCAUCUGAAGGCAGCCCUGUUUAGGGAAGCUUUGAAUGUUUAACAGACCACUGUAUUUUAAUACAGUGGUAUACCUCGGGUUACAGACACUUCAGGUUACACACCCAGAAAUAAUACUUCAGGUUAAGAACUUUGCUUCAGGAUGAGAACAGAAAUCGUGCUCCGGCAGCAGCAGGAGACCCCAUUAGCUAAAGUGGUGCUUCAGGUUAAGAACAGUUUCAGGUUGAGAACGGAGCUCCGGAACGAAUUAAGUACUUAACCCAAGGUACCACUGUACUUUGUUGGAAGCUGCGCAGAGUGGCUGGGGAAACCCAGCCAGAUGGGCAGAGUAUAAAUAAUAAUAAUAGUACUAGUAAUAUUAAUAAUGGGACACGGGUGGCGCUGUGCGUUCAACCACAGAGCCUAGGACUUGCCGAUCAGAAGGUUGGCUGUUCGAAUCCCCGCAACGGGGUGAGCUCCCAUUGCUCGGUCCCUGCUCCUGCCAACCUAGCAGUUCGAAAGCACAUCAAAGUGCAAGUAGAUAAAUAGGUACCGCUCCGGCGGGAAGGUAAACGACGUUUCCGUGCGCUGCUCUGGUUCGCCAGAAGCGGCUUAGUCAGGCUGGCCACAUGACCCGGAAGUUGUACACCGGCUCCCUCGGCCAGUAAAGCGAGAUGAGCGCCCCAACCCCAGAGUCGGUCACAACUGGACCUAAUGGUCAGGGGUCCCUUUACCUUUACCUAAUAAUAACAACAACAACAACGAUAUACUAUUAUAAUUAUUGGAGUUGUAGUCCCAAAACAGUUGGAGGGCCAAGUUUGGCCAUCACUGGGCUAGAAUGAUUCUCGGCGCCCUGUCCAGCUCUGCAGUUCUAGCAUGGACUGUGCGGUGAGGAUCACUUCUUCUUUGGCUAUCACUCGUAGCCAAGUAAGAUUGUCUCCCAUGAACACAGUCUUAACAGUGAGUCCGUAAGGGACUGCAGAGGCCAGUUCUGGAUCCACACGUCCUUCCAUGGUGGGUACAUAGGUUUCAGGGCGGGAGUUGAUCACGGUGAGGGUUUGCCAAGCGUGCCUUCCUCAAUGUCCAAAAAAAACCAAUGUGCUGCACCAACAAGUACAAAAUAACCUCUCUGCAGCGCCACAAAUCCAACUCAGUGGUGCAAUGUUGGAAAAUGCCCAUCGCUUCUCCUACCGGGGCAGUUAUCUUUCCACGAGGGCCAGCCUUGAUGCCGAAAUCCAGCAUCGCCUGAGCUCUGCAAGCGCAGCUUUCUCCUGAUUGAAGUGCAGAGUUUUUGAGGACCGGGACAUUCGCAGGGAAACCAAAAUGCUUGUUUGCAAAGCUAUUGUACUACUAACCUUACUGUAUGCUUGUGAAACAUGGACCACUUGUAAACGCCAUCUCCAACUCCUCCUGUGGAGCAGGAGUGGCGGCUAAAUUUAGCCCCUGGCAGAUGUCGGAUUGGGGGAGGGGUGGGUGGUUUUUUUCUUCUUGUUUCUGUGUUUGCAUCUUGUGUUUUUAUGCCCCACGAUAUUCAGAUGAAGGGUGGUAUACCAAUUUAAUAAGUAAUAAUGGCUGUCCAACACCUGCUUAAAGCGUCCCAGGAAGGAGAGGGCUGGGAGGAAGGAGGGCAGUGUUUAGACUUUAGAGGCUCCAGGAGUUGGAGCUCGGUGUGUGGAGCUUUAGGAUGGUUUUUAUUUUUAUGUUAUUUAUUUAAAAACAGAAGCAACCCCCACAAACACAUUUCAAAGGCCAUGGCUAGCAGGACCAGUGGCCAAGGAUGUUGGGAGUUGUACUCCAGUAACAUCUGGGGACCCAAGGUUGGGAAAGGCUACUUUAGGGUAUUGGGGAGCCAGUGGUGGAGUAGUGGUUAGAGUGUCAGGCUACUAGGACCUGGGAGAGACCUGGGUUCAAAUCCCAGAACUCUCACUGGAUGACUUUCGGCCAUUCUCUGCAUCUCGGCUUAACCCACUUCACAGGGGCAUUGGUGGGAAUUAAUCAAGGAGUUGGGGAAGAGAAGUAAACACAUUCCACCUUGGGCUCCUUGGCAGUGGGGUGGGGAGGUAAGCUAUCAAUGCAAUGUGUCAUCUUUUGGGUGCCAGUCUAAGACCUCUUUCUGCUUCCAGGCAUUGGAUGUUAUCUAUUGCAUUUUAGAAGUGUAGUGGUUAGAGCAGUGGUUCAGUUUAUUCUACACCUGAGCAAGUUUCUAAAGCAUGGAAGAAAGUAUAUUUAGGUUGUCAUAGGUGAUAAAUUGAGACGUUGGUAUCAUAGCAAUGAAGGGAGCAGUGAAUGGUGAAAAGUGCUGGUGCUGUGAUUGUUGGAAAAACAAGUGGCUAACUAUAAUUUGGGCAUUAUUUAAACUGACUGUUUUAGGCUACUGAACCUUAUGCACUACACGUCAAACGUCCUUCAUGACCCGGUGAGGGAUGCUGUCAGUUGCUUUGUUUUGAUGCUCUCUCAGUUAAUAUUAUACUGUUCUUAACUUGUCACCUGCAUUGUGUGACAUGCAAACAGUAACACACUGUUGCAAAAUGCCAAAACCAUGAUUAUUGCUCUGUGUUUACAUAAUAAAUAUGUGUGACUGAUAUGCUGAUAGCUAGUGAAAGAGAGUUUCUUAAAAAUAUUAGAUAUCAAACAUGAAAAUAAUAUUUUAGUGGGUAGCAUAAAGGAUUUCUUCCUGUUCAUUUUUUAAAGAUUACCUAAGUAAUGACAGUACUAUUUCUAGUAAUUAAAAAUUGUUUCCCAGUCAUUUCAAAUUAAGUCUUACCGGUAAGUUAUGAUCAGUUUUCUCAAGAUUUCCUCUUGCUGUAACUAACUUUGCUUUGCAAGUAUCGCUGCUUCUUUGGAACUUAGUAGGAAGUUUUUGUUGUUGCAUCUAUACUGAAUUUCUGUGUUUGCUGAAGGCGUGCUUAGCGGUUAUAGUAGCACUGACAACGUAGGUCAGAAGUUGCUAUAAUGUUUACUCUGUGGUUACUGGAGGCAUCUGGUCUUGGAAGACUUAUAGACAAGGAAUGAAGCAAACACACCAAAUGUAAAGAAAAUUAGUUGUGGGUUCUAGCUUUUCCAUGAAUUAAGAUGUUAAUGUAACAUCCUGAAAUAUUUCUAAUGCUUACUACUUGAAGUAAAUUAAUUUGGAUUGCCAGGAAACCAGGAUCAGGAUUCUGAUUUUAAAACCUGUAAUUCAGGAAUAAGCCAAUGUGGUACCCUUUAGAUGUUUCGAGCUACAACUAUCACUAAUCCCUGGAGCAUGGCCUAUACAGUACAUCAGUAGUGCAAAUUGCUGGCCACCCUUGAUGUAAUUAAUAUACAGUACAGUGGUACCUCAGGUUAAGUACCGCUGCACAAUUUCUGUUCUCAUCCUGAAGCAAAGUUCUUAACCUGAGGUACUAUUUCUGGGUUAGCAGAGUAUGUAACCUGAAGCGUAUGUAACCCGAGGUACCACUGUACUACUAACAGUCUUGUAUGUAUUUCCCUUUGACUAUAAAAAUACUGAUAUGGUCUUUGAUAGCCGUCAUCAAAUAUUAUUUAUAUACUUUUUUUUGCAUAGGACAGUUGUGUCACACACACUCAAAUGGCUAUUGUGCUUUUAAUCUUUAUCACAGAAAAGUAGUUCUAGAAAUGUUACAUUAACUUUACAGUGGUACCUCAGGUUAAGUACUUAAUUCGUUCCGGAGGUCCGUACUUAACCUGAAACUGUUCUUAACCUGAAGACCACUUUAGCUAAUGGGGCCUCCUGCUGCCGCUGCGCCGUCAGAGCACGAUUUCUGUUCUCAUCCUGAAGCAAAGUUCUUAACCUGAAGCACUAUUUCUGGGUUAGUGGAGUCUGUAACCUGAAGCGUAUGUAACCUGAGGUACCACUGUAUUUUGGUCACAUGCUGCACUGCACAAAUGCCAGUGACUUCAAAGGAAGGAAUGGAGAGGAACCAGAUGUCUAAUAUGGCCAUUCUAAACUUUUAAGGCAGCAAACGUGAUCUGGAUUAUACCAGGAAUUAUCAUUCCUGAGAUCCCAUAAUGCAGGAGAUAGUGCCCCUCUAGAUAAGCAUGCACAUUUCUGUAUGUAUGUGUUUUCCAGCUUUCUUGUUCUUUUGCUGCUGUCUCCAGCUGGCUUACCUCACACUGACUGAGAUGGGAAUUUCUAAAAGGAACAUUGUCUGCCUCUUCUAGAAACAUGGUUGUGUCAGACUGAAUUUUUUUGUUAACCGUCCUGCCUGAGAACACCAAGAUGUAAAGGAGGAUUGAGGUGUGGAGGAGAAUGAGAAGGAAACAGUUGUUCAUGCUCUGUAGUAAAUGGAAGCUACUGAUGAGUUGCCUUACGUGAGGGGAAGUUCUUCUUGCAAAGGAAGUUGCUUCCAUUUCUAGACUGAAUCUAUUCCAUGUGUUUUAGGAAGUUGGAAGAUGACGGAAAUGAGGGUUUCUACCCAAUCUGCAAAUUUCAGUUUUGUACAGUGAAUAAAUAGGUUUUUCUUCCUCCACCAUCAUUGGGGAUGAGAGGCAAACUUUACACACUUAAGUGGAGCUCAUGGCUGUCUUCGGAAGGAUGACAAAUAGCCACAUACAUCUCUCUGCUCCUGAAGUUCAGGCGGCCUGUUCCUGAUCCAGUUGUGGGUUUCAUGGUAUUGGGAUGUGAACCAUUCCACAUUUCUAUUUUUUAUUAUAGAUGGAUAAUGGGAUGGGGACAGCUGAACAAGUGUUUCUCCACUGCUGGUAAAAGCUCCAUGUGACUCAUCGCAACAGCUCAUUUGCAAGUCCAUAGAGUGUCAUCAGUGAUGGGGGCUGAAAGUUGUUGAGAGCCUAGUUUGUAUCUCAGAAUAAAGUUUUUAACAGUUCCUGGAUUAGGUAGAUAGAUACCCAGUUGGAAUAAACUGGAUAUGACAUGAACUAAGAAAUAAAUAAAAAAAUAUUCAUUCUUUUGUCAUUGGCAUCCAUCUGUCUUGACAGACAAUGGCAAUAAUAAGUAAAUGACCGCAAUACCUCAAGGACCAUCUCUCCCCAUAUGAACUGCCUCAGACCCCGCAACCACCAUCUGAGGCCCUUUUUCAUGUGCCUCCUCCAGAUGAGGUCUGGAGGGUGGCAGCACGAGAACAGGUCUUUUCUGCAGUGGCUCCCUGUUUGUGGAAUGGUCUCUCCAGGGAGGCUCAUCUGGCGCCUUCAUUAUGUAUCUUUAGGCGCAACUUCCAGUUUGCACAGCCUGGUCUAGUAUCUGAAGAAGUGUGCAUGCACACGAAGGCUUAUACCAAGAACAAACUUUGUUGGUCUCAAAGGUGCUACUGGACAUUUACCAUAAUUUUUAAUAUAUAUUUCAACUGCGUCAGACCAGCACGGCUGCCUACCUGUAUGAGUGAUAUCCAUGAACAGUAUUAGAAUGUUGCAGCCCUUGUCUUAAGCUUAAUGGAUAAAGUGCUGGCUUAGAUUUGUCACUUGGCACCAUUGCUAGGUCAUUCUCAGAAUGCUGCUAGAAAUUCACACUAGAGUAAAGAGUGCCAGGGUACUGGUGACAAAAUAAAGAAAAGAGCAGGCAUACUUGAUUGUGCAAAGAAUAUUGAUCAAGUACUUUAUUGAAGUUCAGCCUUUUAAUGAAAGUUAUGGAAAUUACUCUGGAAUGACAGAAAAGAGUUCUUUGUGCAAACCUAGAAAUACAAAAACUGCAUCCUCCAUUAACAGCCUGGAAAUAUAGAGGAUCUUGAGAUUUAAUCACAGGCAUGAGGAAGCUUUGGCUCUCCAGAUAUUGUUAACUAAAUCUCCCAUCCUCCCUGGCCACUGGCCAGGUUUGCUGGGGAUGCAGGUUGUAUUUCUGGAGGGCCAAAUGUUCCCCACUCUUGUUUAACUGUUUUACUACUGGGAAGUGUAGUUUGCUGAUGUCUGUUUAAAUGACAGUUCCCAGGAUUCUUUGGGGCAAAAAUGUAUGAUGUGUAUGCAGCCUACACAUGCACUUUAAAUCUGAUUUAAAUGAGUGAUGUGUAUACAGCCUUAGUCUGAGCAAGCUUUUCUUGCAUGUGCAAAUAUUUUUAUGGUUGCUGCUAAAUAAGAUUCCUCUUUCUAAAAAAGCAUAAGGCUUUUGUUUUCAGUGGCUUUUGGCCAGAAAUAAGAAUAUCCCUUUACACAGAAAAAUAAUAUUCAAAGAGAGACUAAUUUAUUGGUUUUUGUUUGGCAUUGGUAUACAUACUUGGCUUUUAGAUCUGCCCUGGCUCAUUUGUCUGCAUAUCGAUAAGUAGGGGACAGAGAUAAUAGGAUAGUAAUUGUGGGAAAAGUGAUGUUUUUGUCUCAGCUGAGUAAGAGGUUAUAUGCAAAGUUUUGAGGUGCAAAACUUUUGAAGGCAAUGGAAGUGUGGCUUGAGAUAAACAAUGCAUACCUAUCUACUCAGAAUAAGUCCCAUUGAGUUCAAUGGAUUGGGAUUUACUCCCAGAUAAGUGGGUAUAGCAUUGCUGCUUAAGCUAACAAAUUUGGAAUCGAGUUAGGUACCUAACAUGCCUACAUCCUAUUCAUGGCACCAGUCAGAGAAAGCAUAUCCUAGAGAAUCUUUCAGGUUCCACAAUACUUUGUUGUUUCUACUUCUGAGUUAGACAAGCAUAGAAUUGCACUCUUAAGCUGCUAUCCCAAGUAUAUUUACUUAUUAAACUCAGUGUAAUUUUCUUCUAAUUCUCCUAACAUAUGGUAAAUAUAGUCUGGGUUCCGUUUUUUAGGCUGCAAUUCACAGUACAGUGGUACCUCUGGUUACGUACUUAAUUCGUUCCGGAAGUCCAUUCUUAACCUGAAACUGUUCUUAACCUGAAGCACCACUUUAGCUAAUGGGGCCUCCCGCUGCCGCCACGCGAUUUCUGUUCUCAUCCUGAAACAAAGUUCUUAACCCAAGGUACUAUUUCUGGGUUAGUGGAGUCUGUAACCUGAAGCGUAUGUAACCCGAGGUACCACUGUAUAUUUAAAAAUGGCUAAGUUUAAAGAUGGUGCAUAUUUGCCCUAAAGUAUGUGGAUUGUGGAGGUUUAAGCUUGAAUAUAGCUUGAUGAGAAUAACUUUUUUAAAUUCAUUUAAAUUCAUAUUGAAAAUUUUAGAAUUACAAAAGAAAACAAAGAAGAAAAAGAGAGAGAAAAAACAAAGAAAAAACAAACCACAGUCAAACAAUACAGAUUAAUAGAAAUCAAAAUCAAAAAAUAGCACAACACGCUCAAAAAACAAAAAUAUACCACAAACAUUUAAAAACAAAUCCAAUAUUCUCAAAUCCUUAACUGUCAUUACCUUCUUUCUUUGACCUCCUCCUCCUCCCUUUUUUUGUAUCCUGGUUAUUAAUUGUCGCAGCAAAUCCUUUCCAUAUUUCAUAAUAUUCUGUCAUUACUUUACCUUAAUCUAUUUUAAUCUUAUCACUAUAAAAACCUUAAAGCUUAAAACUUAAAUCUUAUUUUUACCAAUUUCUCAUAAGCAUAAUAUUCUUACAUAGUUCUUUAAACAUUUUUGCUAAAGCCAAAUAAUUUCGUUCCAACAUUUUUCUAACAUUCAUCAAUUUUAUAAAACAAUCCUAAUUAAAAACAACAAAAAAAACAACAAUCCAAUCUUCAUCCAGCGUCUCUUCCUCCUGGUCCCGGGUUUUGUCAGUCCUUUCUAUCUCAUCAAUCUAGCGCAUUAACCUGGCAAUCUUAUGUCCGAGGCCCUUAAGUCCCUUCCAUGUCCCUUCCGCAGCUCCUCUUCAUAUUUAUAACUGUAUUUUCCUUUAUCUCCUGCUCCUUUCACUCUUGGGAACUCCAGCUUGACAAUGCUUUUGACCCAUCUCGACAAAUCAGCCCCUUUUCCAUAGUCCAGACUAAGCUCCAUGUGGUAUUUAACAACAUGUUUCAAAGUCCCUCCAAGAUUAAGAGCCCCCACAACCCCAAACAUCUCACGGCCCAUUGCCAGACUUGAAAAGUCCAAACCUCCCUGCAUAGGGGGGUCUAUCCAACCCCCCAUUUCCAAACCAAACCAAACUUUAUCUUUCCAAAUCUGGCUUUUCCCAAGUUCAUUUGUCAAAUCCAAGAAUUCAUGUUCCUGCUGGGCCACAACUCCCUCCAUCUCUGGCACCCAAGAUUCAGUAACAUCCUCUUCCCUCAUCUGUUCUGUCAGGGCACACUCCUGAUCUGAUUCCUGGGUGGGCCCUAUAUAAUUUCCCAUUGCCUGUCCAAAAUUUCUGAUCGCAUCAGUCAUAAAAUCCGUCUUCUCAUGUAGCUGUUCCAGUAGGGCACUUGUUUUACAGAAAGCACACAACAGAGCUUCUGAAUACAUUGUCCUGCAAGGUCAGAAGUCUAUUCCCACGAUCGUAAUCUGUAACAGCUGCAAGCUCCCCAAUUCAGAAUUGGUUACAGUUUCACAGGCUCCCUCUAGGGGAAGAACUUCUGUUUGUUCUUUUCUUUUAAAGACAGAUCUAACAACAAAGUUUCCUUUUUCAGAUAUUUUGUCAAUAUUUGUUCCUUUAAAAUGCGAAGGGGAACAAUGGAAUCACUAUGUUUCUCUUCUUUUAGCUAUCUGUCAGAAACGUUUGUCUCUGGUCAAUGGGCUUCUAAAAACGUCAGUCCUGACACCCCGCUCCAGGAUCAAGACGGUGGAAAGUUACUUUGCUUUACACUCACUUCUGCAGGUUUAAACAGUCCGAAAAAAAUCCUCCCUCUUCUCCUGCUUCCGAAGGGGGUUCAACAAUUUAAAAUAAUGAAAGUUAAUCCUUUUCAGAACUCUAGUUUGCCAUGUCUUUGCUUUAAUCUAUCUACAAAGAAACGGAAGGCUGACUUCCUGUUUAGACCUUCCCGUUUCAGUGCCAAAUUAAAAUAAACUUUUAAGUCCAAUUUUCCUUUCAGCUCACAAAUCCUUAUUUAGAGUCCAAUUGUCCGAAAUUUAAGUACUCACGGGUGAUUGUUUUAAAAGCCAAAUUGUCCCAGGAAAAAGGCAGCGCUCUCCAGCAACGGCUGUGCGGCUUCACUCCACGGAAGAAGCAGUUGACUCUCAGCACCACGCCACUUCCCCCUCUUCGCUCCGGAGCCCAUUAGUGGGUUCCUUUGUGGGUUGGGGGGGCGCUAAAGGUGCCUGCCGAGUCCCAUGGUCACAGGCUUCACCUGCCGCGCUUUUGAAUGGGUCCCGUCCGUAGCGGAAAAGACCCGUUUCCCGUGGAGCUGGUCCCUCCAGAUCAGAGGGAGUCCGCCAUUACCGAUGGUGCCACCCUGGAAGUCUUACCUUUUUUAAAUUCAAAAGUAAAUAGAUAAAUUUACAAAGCACUACAAACAUAAGCUUCUGUAGAUGCUGGUAUGUUUGCAUGCAUACCACAAGAAAGUAAUACAUUCCACGUUACUUGAACAUAGCAGCAUAAUCUCAUCUGGCACUUCAGAGAGUUUUGUGUAGUGCUGAAAACUCCACUGUUACUUGGAUACGAUGAAUUUAAAAGAGGUUGUGCACAGAGAAGCCUUGUUUCAAUAACAGGUAUGUGUUAUCAAAGAGUUUAGAAAGACAGGAAAUAUCUCCAAUAAUUGCAGGAAAGUGCUGUCUCUGUUUGCUGUGGUUUGUUCCGAGGAAAUAGUACCAGGCAUCUGAGGCAAAGCCUUUAAACUUAGAACUUCUGGAAAAUCUGUACUACAAACUGCUGCGUUGAGCUGGUCUUUCAGUAGCGUUGUGAAGUUUCCCCCACUUAUUGGUCUAUUUGUGAACAUAAUGAUGAUUCAGAAAUGCCAUACUUCUUGGAUUAUUAUGUUGUAGUCAUGGCUUAGUCCGUUUUGUUUAGGCUUAACACAAAGAAGGCUAUUGAGAUAGUUCACAUUUUGCCAGCAAAUGACAUGGAAGCUGUUAUCUUGACAUAAUAACUGUGCUGCUUCACUGUAUGUGCCUUUCUUGAUGAAAUUUUGAGAUCUGAGGGUGGCACAGAACAGCUAGCCAUGAGAUGACAGAAGAAAGUAUGGUAAGAAAAUUGUGUGGUUUGUGUUUUGGCAAGGAAUAUCCCCCCCACCCCUCCAGGCCACCUUCAGGUUUUGUAACAGUGCAAAUAAUAAAGUGAUUCAAAGACAGUAUAAGACCAGAUUAUACAAUCUAUGAACCCAAAAGGCAGCUAAAAAUAGUUGCCUAGAAGAACUCCUAAGCUCAAGAAGCAGCUUUAUCUUACAGCAUUCCCAAGUUGAAAAUAUCUGACAGACUUUCACUUUGUAUUUUAAAAUUAGUGGAAUACGUAGGCAUCAGGUUGCGGCUUGUGAGCAAAACAUUUUGGACUUUCGUUACUAACUGUUUUCCACUGAUCUCUCUACUUUUCUGUAGCGGUACUAUUUCUUUUAAAGGUCAUAUCCUCUUGUGAAAACUAUAUGGGCUCAUCAAACUCUAGAUUUAAAAACUCAGGACAAAGGUGUACUUUCAGUCUGCAGCAGUACAGCUGUUAGGAAUUGUUUGUUUUUAAGUAAAUUAUGGUCUAGCCUCUGACUCCAUCAUAGUUUGCUUUAUGUAGCAGUGACCUUGCUGAAGUGCCAGUUAAAGUUGCCAGGAUGUUAUAGUAACCGCUUAAAUGUGUGCUUCAGGGAAGGUUUUCAGAAAGGGGGAAAAUGUGGCUGUUACUUCAAGAGAAAUGUGCCACCUCCUUUGUUGUGUCGAACCCAAUUUGGAUGUCUGGUCUUGUAGGAAAUCAUGAAAGCAGGCAUUUAUGAGUUUUCCAAACUGUUUAAACUUCCCCCAGACAGUCGAUUUGUUUAUCUGCAGCACUGAGUUUAUGUCGUAUGAUGAUUGCUGUAACGAACACUUGCACUGGAUUUUAAACAGCUGCAAUACCAUAGAGUUGUAUCUGGCUAAGUCCUACUCAGGAGGAAUUAAUUGAACAAAGUUGGUUUAGAUGGUUUCAAUGGGUCUACUUUGAGUAGGGAUAGUAUUGGACACAACCCAUAAAAAGAGGCAUAGUUGUGCUUUCAUUUGGAGAAAUGAGACCAGCCGUGUUUUUUCUCUGUUCUACCGAAUAACUUGGAUGUUUUAUCCUGAAUGGGAGUAAUCCAAUUAAAUGCUGUGGGAUUUCAGUAGAACUCUUAAUUUCUCACGACAUGCUCAGCAGCACAUUCAUACAUUUUCCAUCGACAACUGUCAUGCCUUAAAUCAAAGGUUUUCAACCUUUUUGAGUCCAUGACUCCAUUCUUUCUGCGGCACCCCGUGGGGCUCAGGAGCCCAGUUGUGUCACCCUUUUUGAACACCCUUGUGGAGUGUUCCCUUAGCCUUCUCCCCUUUCCUUGGGAGUCCUAUGGGCAGGUACAGCUGCCGCCCCUGGUCUCUGAGCUGCCCCCCUACCCCUAAGAGAGGUACCUCCUCACACUGCCCCACAGGGGCCUGGGAAGCACCCCCUGGCCAGCCCCAGAGGCACCAUUCAGCUGUGGAGCUUGUAGCCAGGGCUGCUGCAACAAACAGCUGUGCAAGCCUUUGGGAGGCAGAGAUGGGAGAGGGCAUCAGAGGGGAGGGAAAGAGGGACAGAGGCCAGUGUUGCCCACAACACCCCUGACCAUCAUUCAAGGCACCCCAGGGUGCCACGGCACUCUGGUUGAAAACCAGUACCUUAAACAAAUCUUGAGUGAAUCUUUGGCUAUGUGUACACUACCAGCUUAAAAUGCAGUGAGGUCGUUUUUUCUGCUGCAUUUGAAACUGCAUUUGCAUGUUGUACAUAUCAGUAUAGUUGGAUGUGUUUCCAAGUUGCCUACUGUUUUUCCACACCAGUGAAUGGAGAUGGGUUGAGGAUGUCUUCAAAUGGCUUACAUUUUCAAAUCUGAUCAAAGCUGUUUUAGAGUAAAAUGCAUCAAAAUGCAGUAUUUCUCAAGAAACUACAGGAUAGGUGUAGAUUGAGGCUAAUAUGAUGUGUGCAUGACUUCACAAACCAGCAGUAGGAGCACUCUGGAUGCAGAGUAAACUGAAGCCUGAAUGCAGUCUUUGUUUAGAUCUAUGUGGAGAAUACAAAAAGCUUGCAAAGUGUUGGUUGAGGUGGAACAUUUUGUGUGCAAUUGUCUCUUAAGCACAAACGAUCAUUUUAGAAAAAGUGUCCUGUAGAUAAUAAAGUCAGUAUGCAUGCUCACCAUAAUAUAUGUAUAAUAUAAAAUAGUACUUGAUGAAAUAAGCUGAGUAGGACUCAGAAUAUGUAAGAAAUGUUGCUUUCAAGUGAUUUGCAGUGUAGUGUCUUCUAAUAUCUGGGGCUUCACAUUUAUAAGGUGGGAUAACUUCUAGUGAUUCCAGUAUGAGCAAGUAAUAAAACGUUGUCAGAAAACAUCUUCAGAAAGUAAGCUGUGUAAUAUGUGGUUCUGUCAUGCUACUCUAUGCAAGCCGAUUGUAUCACGUAGUGAUUAUUUUUCAAACAUCCAUUUUAAUAUUUCAGAUUUUAGGAAUACAUAAUUGUUGUCAACAGGAUAGUUAGCCAUCUAGUCUAAACGUCUAAUUAUGUCGCUAGUCCACUGUACAUAUCUAUCUACCUAUCUCUAUAUCUAUAAUGAACACUCAUAUUAAUUAUCCUGGUUAAAGUGGUUGUUACUUGGUGACUAAUGCUGCUAUAUUAGCGCUUGUGCUGUUCCCAGGCCAUCUGGGUGUGCAUCUGUUAGUGAGCCCAAGGGAAAAGGUGAAUGAUUGUUCAUUUGCAAGUAGCUAUGGUGGCCAUAAAGAAAGGAGUGGUGAGCUUUUGGUAAUGGGGCUUCUCAUCUGGAAACGUUAGACUUGCAUGUCAUAUGUACCUUAUUGCUUGCUGUCUGUUCAAAAACAAUAUCUAAUUAAACUUUCUCUUUCCAGGUGUUCAAGAUGAAUCUGGAAAAACUCAGCAAACCUGAACUACUGACUCUGUUUAGCAUUCUUGAAGGGGAACUAGAAGCAAGAGAUCUUGUCAUAGAAGCCUUAAAGGUAAGCUACAGAUUAGCAACCUUGCUGCUGCAGAUACCGUCCUCUUUUUCUGUUAAUAUAUAUAUAUAUAUAGAGUGUGAGUGUGUGUGUGUGUGUGUGUGUGUGUGUGUGUGUGUGUGUGUGUGUGUGUGUGUGUGUGUGUAGAGAGAGAGAGAGAGAGAGAGAGAGAGAGAGAGAGUUAGCUAGCAUUGAUUGAUACACUAUUUUACCAGUUCAGGCUUUGUUAGCUGUAUUAGAGCACAGAUGCUGUGCAGCCAUCUAUAUCUUGGCAUUUUAUGUCAGAGGUGAUAGCAGGUGCAGACAAUUCUAUGGUUAAACACCUUGAUUAUUUCAAAUUUUUAAAUCAGUGUUGCUCUCCUUUCACCAUAGAAGAUUAGCGAAACUUGAACUUCUUGUUCUAACUCUCGUGUUUCAGCAUGUCUCUGUAAAGAGAUGAUCUGGUGAACAGCUCUUGUAGUCUCAGCAGGCAGGAGUAGCAACACAGAUUCUUCCUCCGGAUUUCUAACUAGCUUCAUUGGUUUCUGUCAGUUCUUUUCUAAGGCCUCCUCUGCAGUCCAGGUUAUCCUACUUAGCUUGUGCAAUGUUAAAGUCUGUUGCUUAGGGACACAUUGAAAUGUUUUGGUUCUUGCUAGGUCCUACCACCCUAGUAUUGUUAAGUGUUCAUACACACACCCCUUGCAUUUUCUGUUGGUGGGGGUGAUGAAAUCAAGGCUUGCUUAGGAAAUGUGUGUGUUUAAUUACUACAAAAAUAAAAAGCAAUGAUGCAAACAGCUUUUUGCUCUCUUGACCCUAUCCAUCCUGGCUAGUAAAAGCCAAAUGCAGGGAGGGAGGGUGUUUUGAACAUGUCUCUAUGUGAUGGAAUGAUCCAUGCUGUUCUUAAAUAAGCAGUAGUGUGUCCACUCCUGAAAAGCCCACCCCUAGACCUUGCAGUUUACGAAAACUACCACCCAGUCAUGUACACCUGUUUCUUGGACAAUGUGGUGGGGAGUAUGAUGGCUAAGUAGUUUCAGGAAUUCCUGCAGGAUGUGGACGAUUCAGGUCCAUUUCAAUCUGGAUUCAAGUGUGGUUUGGGGGCAGAAUCAGCCUUCAUUGCCCUGGUGGAGUGGGAUGGAGAAAUGCGAGUCUGGUCCUGCUUCUCAGUCUGUCUGCUGCAUUGACCAUGGUAUUCUCCUGGAGUGACUGUGUGGGGUGGGUGCUGGGGUCACAGUUUUACAGUGUUUCCAAUCCAUCUGCAGGGCUGUGUCCAGAGAAAAGCAUGGGGAGGCUGUAUCUCAGUCCCACAGUCCCUGUGCUGUGGUGAGCCACAGGUUAUAACCCUGUCGCAAGUGCUGGUUAGCAUCUAUAUGGAGCAGUCAUUAGGAAUUUUGAGGAAAAUCAUCUUCAGUAUGCUGAAUACAACACAGCUCUAUUUAUCCAUAACAUCUGAGUCAGGAGAAGCUGAGUGUGGUCUGGAACAUUGUUUGGAUCUAGUUGUGGAAUGAAUGAGGGCUAAAAAACUGAGCUUGAACCCUGGGAAGACAGAGGUACAGUUAGUAAGUGGUUGUGCCUCGGAAAUCGACAAUUUCUCUGUUCUUAAUGGCAUUGUUCUUCGUCUGAAAGAAUACGUUUGCAGUUUGGCAACUCUCCUGGAUCCAUCUUUGUCACUUGAGGCUCAGGUACAUUUGGUAUGUGGACUACAGCUGUUCUUGGACAGGGAUAGCCUUGGUGCAGUGAUUCAUGCUUUAGUGAUUUGUUAAGGGUGCUGGGAGUUGUAGCUUUGUGAGGCAUAAUCUACAGUUCCCAGGACUCUUUGGGGGAAGACAUGUGCUUCAAAUGUAUGGCAUGGAUGUGAUAUUUGGUCUGAAUAUGCCUGUUAGAUAAAACCAUCUUAGACCUAUGUCCUCCAAAAGCAAAGACCUGUAGUGGUAUUAAUGUGAUGAAUGGUACCCAAAGACCGUCAAACUUCAUUUUAUUGUGUAAGAAAUAUACCAUGCUUGAUUGGGGGAAAGUUCUUUUAAAGAGCUGUACCUCCUGUAUACCUGAGAGGUUGCCCCUUUUUAUAUCUAUGAGAAAAAGUAUUCUUGGAUGUUAACUUACCAUAUUAAGUGAACAUGUGCAAAGACAGCUAUAGCUCUGGUAUUUGCUUUGCUGAUUUUUAUCAGACAGCUUAGAGCCUUUCCUCUGAAGUCUUGUUUUAAAGGUGUGCCUGUACCCUGAGGUAGCCUAUGAGAAGGAAUGGCAAUGACAUUGUAGCUGGGGAGUGUAAUUAAAUGAGCAUUUCUGUGGUACACAUGUGACAAGUAGCUAUUACAGGGUCUUGAUUUUAAGAUUUUCUGAGUGCAGUGUCUGGAGCUCUGGAUAGCUACUAGAAACGUGACCAAGACACGACGUGUCUAAAUUGUAUUCGAAGCUACAAAAUAAGAAAUGUGGUUACUUUCCAUCGUCUCUCUUUCUGAAUGUAUAUGUUGGUAAUCAUUAAUAAUCAUUCCCUUUACAGCUGACUAUUUGUUACAGUAAAUUUUAUCCCUGUUUCUGGACUAAUUUCAUUUGGAGGGAAAUAAGCAUCAUCAUGCACGUCCUAAGAAUAUCUCCCACAAUACGUUGUAUGAAUAGAGCUGUGUGUAAGGAGGACUUACCCAGGGAAGGCCAGAAACUCUAAUGAUGGCAAAAAUGCCUUAGUGCCUAAAAUUUAUAUGUGUGACAAACUCUCAAACAGGUCUUUCUUUUGAUUGAGGAUACUACAUAUAGCCAGCCAUGGACCUAGGUUAGUCAGGAGGUUACUAUAGUUAUUCCCUAAACCACACCUACCUGCCCCAUAUCUGAUAUCUGUGGUCAGAUGGCUGCAGAAAGCAGAACUGAACACCUUGUACGUCAGCUGAUAUGCAGAGAGUUUUGUUGGCCCCUCCUGGAAGGACCAACCCCCUGUCAAUCAGCUGACAGGAGAUGGUCCUUCCCACCUGCCAAGGCUGGCUCACUCAGGUGGGGUGGAUAAAGAUCUGGCCCACUGAGCCAAAAACGUUAUCCCCUGAAUUGAAUCAUUGAAUGGCUUUCAAAUGGGAUUAGACAAAUUAAUGUAGGAUAAGGCUAUCGAUGGCUACUAACCCUGAUGGCUAUGACAGGCAUCCCCAAACUUGGCCCUCCAGAUGUUUUUUGACUACAACUCCCAUCAUCUGUAGCUAACAGGACCAGUGGUCAGGGAUGACGGGAAAUGUCGUCAGAAAAACAUCUGGAGGGCCAAGUUUGGGGAUGCCUGGGCUACAAUCUUCACUAUCUGAAGUAGCAUGCUUCUGAAUGGCAGCUGAUGGUAACCACGGGAGGAGGAGUUUGGAUUUGGAUUUGAUAUCCCGCUUUAUCACUACCCUAAGGAGUCUCAAAGCGGCUAACAAUCUCCUUCCCCUUCCUUCCCCACAACAAAUACUCUGUGAGAUGAGUGAGGCUGAGAGACUUCAGAGAAGUGUGACUGGCCCAAGGUCACCCAGCAGCUGCAUGUGGAGGAGCAGGGAAUCGAACCCAGUUCACCAGAUUAUGAGACUACCGCUCUCAACCACUACACCACACUGGCUAUCACGCUUCCCAUAGGUAUUUGGUUGGUCACCCUGAGAACAGGAUCCAGCAGGCUCUUCUUACGGUUUUACUUCUAGUUACUGAUAAUCAUGGUGUACUGUAUAUCUAACAGUGCCUGUGAAAGAACAUUUGAACAAGUGGAAUUUCCCACCCACUUUAUAGGUGCAGCCCUCAGCACACCCCGAAAAAUGUCUGCUGAGGGUGUUGUUCUUAUUAAAUUGCUGGUGCAUCUUUACAGACUAAAUAAUCAUGAUUCAAACAGUUUAGAAUUAUGGAGCAUUUUGUGCCAGCUUAUGUUUAUGGCUAUGCAUCAAUGUCAUCUAAGAACAAAAGGGUUUGCCCACCUGCACUAACUUGUGUAUGCCACAGAACAGCUUGAGCAGUAAAGCAGGGCAAGUGGCUUUCUCGAGUGUACAAAUGCUGCAGUAGUUUGAGUAAUUGCUUUGAUGGAUUGAAGCUCAUUUGGGGGGAAAGCUGCUAGGUCUUACUUCAUCUUUGUGAUUGAACUCCUGCAUCACUGCACGUUUCUUUCCACAUGAAUUUAAUUAGUGUUUCUCUGAAUAAUGAAAGUUAUACAAAGAAAUGAACUGUCUCUUGCAAGACAUACAAGUUGCCUGUAUUUGAAAGCUGCAAGGAUAGGGAGGGGGGCAAUAAUUUAAAUGGUACACGCAAGGAUAACUGAGGUUUUUACUGAUUGUACAGGAAAGAGGAAAAUUGAAGGGUGUAACACUAGACUUUCAACCUUGAGUAGCAAUCUUAAUUGUGUAACAGGAAGACCGUCUGCUUUGAGGGGGUUUGUGAGGAAAGGAGGGAUAUAAAUGUGUUAAACAGGAUCAUAGAAAGCUGGGCUGGGUGUUGCCCUGGACUGGAUUCCCACAUGCCCCUCUCAAUCUGCUCUGGCAGAUUGGGGGAAUCCCAGAACAGAUUUGGAAGGGGAGAGGAAGGGGAAGCGCCUGUUGUGCAAGCAGAAAUCCUUACACUAAUGGGUUGAGUUCAUUGGCUACAAUCCAAAGUCACUGUUACUAUGAUUGGAGCCAUUUAUCACAAAAUGGGGGGACAGUAUUAAGAUGCUGAUUCCUGAACAGGACAAUUGAACAGCAGAAGAUGGCACAUGGGUGUGGGUGUAAAAAUAGUUGGGUUCUUCAGCAAGGGGUGUUAAUUUUAAAAUCAGUUACGGAGGUCUAUAGCAUUUACUCAUUUUCAACUAGUAGAAAAAUACUAUAAAGAAAACCAGAGAAUGCUGAAAUGUUAACAAGUAUGGCUUUGAAACUCAAACGCAAGUGGACAAAUAUUAGGUCUGCAGAUUUUGGAUUGGCUGAUAACCAGCCAUUAUUUGUGGUUGCCAUUGACUGCCUCCUGUUCUUUGAAACCUUGGGCACAAACAAGAAGACGCAGGGGUGGGGAGCGCUGUUUUACUUCACUGUGGGUGGCGCUGUGGGUUUAACCACAGAGCCUAGGACUUGCCGAUCAGACGGUUGGCGGUUCGAAUCCCCGCGACGGGGUGAACUCCCGUUGCUCAGUCCCUGCUCCUGCCCACCUAGCAGUUCAAAAGCACGUCAAAAGUGCAAGUAGAUAAAUCGGUACUUCUCCAGCGGGAAGGUAAACGGUGUUUCCGUGCGCUGCUCUGGUUCGCCAGAAGCAGCUUGGUCAUGCUGGCCACAUGACCCGGAAGCUGGCCACAUGACCUCGGCCAAUAAAGCGAGAUGAGCACUGCAACCCUAGAGUCGGCCACGACUGGACCUAAUGGUCAGGGGUCCCUUUACCUUUACCUUUAUGCUGAACACUGAAGAAGGAAAAUGCUGCGUGAAUACCCCCCUCCCGCUAUACCUUCCUUUCACUCCGGCAUGGUGUGGGUCAAAUUAGAUAUUUGAAUGCAGUUGUUCUUUUUAGUUAUGUAAACCACAGUCCCAUGGGAGUGGGGAAGCAAGUUUAACUCUCCUCCAGCUAGGGUUCCAAAAGGGUGGGGUGGGGACUCUGAAGCUUCUGUUUCAGACAAAGUCUCAAGCAGCUUCUUUAUCAUGGAUCAAAGAUGAAGCCAUAAUCUGCUAUCAUAGAACUUGGGGCAAUGGGUUACAGGAGAAGAUGAAAUGUAAUGGCUUCGAAUUUGUCUUGGGACUCAAAUGUUCAGAGAAGGCCUGUAGUACAACUUGGAAAAUCUCCGUAUGAAGUAUUAAAAAAAUAUACUGAGUUCAUGGUGAUCUAAAGGCACCGGGUGCAAAUUUUCAUUCUGUAGACAAGGAAAAAGUGUAGACAAGGUAUCUUGCUUGUUGUUUAAUAUCAAGUCGAUAGAUCAGGCUUUGUCCACUGGACUGAGAUUUUAAUGCGAUUAGCCAAAUAAACCUUGUGUGCUGUAUUUUAUUUUAAUAGUGUACACUGGUAACUUUUUAAAGCCUUUUUAUACAGAGCAUCACUGGGACCAGAGAUAAGAAGAGGUUCAGUCUUUUAUCAUGUUUCUGGCUGAUAGAUUAGUUUCUUGCCUUAGUCUGUUCUCAUUUUCUUCCUACCCCCUGUUUAUGACCUCAGCCUGUAUUUAUUUUCAAACAUCUGUCUCUAGGGGGGAAACUAGGAAUAAGGAAGUUCAAGAUUGCAUGGUGAGCUAUUUAAAGAAGAUGCCAUUUUCUGUUUUCUAGAAGAGGCCCUUCUGUAUAAAUGAAAGCCGCUUGAGAAUUGUGUGGUUUAAUACUACAGUGAAGCCAGGAGUUUAAGUAGCUUGCUUGUUUGAUGUUAAAAUGGGAAAAUAAAUGUGGGUAGUAGAGCUCUAUUUCUUUGCUUCAAAAAUGCUAAUUGUGGGAAAUAUUGCAGGUCAGGAGGAAUCAGUUGGUUAAGCCCUUUGUAAAGAAAGAACCAAGGAAUACAAAAGAAGAAGAAAAAGUCAGCGCUAAGCAUUUCUCCCACAGCAGCGCAAAAAUCCUCAAAACUUCCCGUUUCUUCCUUUCAAAGUGUAUGCUCUGGUUAUCUCCCGCUUGGACUACUGCAAUGCGCUCUACGUGGGGCUACCUUUGAAGGUGACCCGGAAACUACAAUUAAUACAGAAUGCGGCAGCUAGACUGGUGACUGGGGGCGGCCGCCGAGACCACAUAACCCCGGUCUUGAAAGACCUACAUUGGCUCCCAGUACGUUUCCGAGCACAAUUCAAAGUGUUGGUGUUGACCUUUAAGCCCUAAACGGCCUCGGCCCAGUAUACCUGAAGGAGCGUCUCCACCCCCAUCACUCUGCCCGGACGCUGAGGUCCAGCGCCGAGGGCCUUCUGGCGGUUCCCUCAUUGCGAGAAGCAAAGCUACAGGGAACCAGGCAGAGGGCCUUCUCGGUAGUGGCACCCGCCCUGUGGAACGCCCUCCCAUCAGAUGUCAAAGCAAUAAAUAACUACCUGACAUUUAGAGGGCAUCUUAAGGCAGCCUUGUUCAGGGAAGCUUUUAAUCUGUGAUAUUUUACUGUAUUUUUUGUUUCUAUGGAAGCCGCCCAGAGUGGCUGGGGAAACCCAGCCAGAUGGGCGGGGUACAAAUAAUAAAUUAUUAUUAUUAUUAUUAUUAUUAUUAUUAUUAUUAUCUUGCUUCAUGCAUUGAGCGCCUCUUAAUUCCAUACUGGCCUGUACUCAGUGGCAUCUUUCCCAUUCCUCUGCUCAUUACUCCAGCUGCCAUGUGCCCACAGCCUUCAUCAGUGUGGUGUAGUGGUUAGAGUGCUGGACCUGGGUAACCAGGGUUCAAAUCCCCACUGAGCCAUGAAGCUUUGAGAAUGAUCUUGGGCCAGUCAUAGUCUUGCAGUGGGACAAAGAGCAUUAGAGCUGAUGCAGGAGGCCUAAACAAGGAUGCACCUUCAUACGACAAAAACUAUAAUUGAGGUGCCAGGUGAAUCUCUGUAGGUGCGGAUUGCAUAACCUAAGGGCCACCACAGGGACGUGGGAGGCGCUGUGGGUUAAACCACAGAGCCUAGGACUUGCCGAUCAGAAGGUCGGCGGUUCGAAUCCCCGUGACGGGUUGAGCUCCCGUUGCUCGGUCCCUGCUCCUGCCAACCUAGCAGUUCGAAAGCACAUCAAAGUGCAAGCAGAUAAAUAGGUACUGCUCUGGCGGGAAGGUAAACAGUGUUUCCGUGCGCUGCUCUGGUUCUCCAGAAGCGGCUUAGUCAUGCUGGCCACAUGACCCGGACCCCUAAUGGUCAGGGGUCCCUUUACCUUUACGGGCCACCACAGAGAACACCCUCUCCAGGGCCACUGGCACCAUUCCAAGCUUCUAAAGAGAUCUGUUGACUUUAAGAUCCAAAAGGGUCUGUAGGGAAGUUGACUGUCUUUCAAAUAUUUGAGACCUUUUAAACAUUAAUGUGAGCACUUGAAUUGGACCCAGACAUGAACUUGUAGCCCAUGGAACUAUUUUAAAGCAGGUGCUAUAUGAGUUCUAAAAGGAAUCCCAGUCAGUAAUCUGGUUGUGGCAAUUUGGACCAGCUGAAGUUUUAGAGGUAGUCUUCAGCCUCAUGUACAGCCCAUUGCAAUAAUCCAGACUGGACGUUACCUGAACAUGGAGUACCAAAGUCUUCUCUGUCAAAAAGGGGACAUAGCUAGAGAACCAGCCGUAGCUGGAAAAAGGCACACGUGGCCACUGUGGCUUCCAGUGGCAGUGUUGGCUCCAGGAGCACCCACAAGUUACAGACCGGCUCCUUCCAGAAGUGUGCCACCUCAUGCAAGACAGGGUGUCCCCACACCUCCUGGUCUUGAGAACAUUAGAUAGAGUUAGAAGUAUAUUCCUUUUUCAAGCAUUCCUUUUUCAAGCAAGCCAAGAAUGAUCUAUUAGUCUCAGAGAUACUGAACAAAGCUUGCUUCCCAGUGUGGGUGCAAGGAAUUGGAAAUCUUUUGUUCCAGUUUUAGAUUAACUGCCACUUGCUGUGUCAUCCAAAUUUGGACAAACUGGUUGCCUUGUGUGCACAGUUCCAUGUUAAAUAAGAAAUGCAGCAAGUGACUAUUGGAUCAAAAUGUGCAUGAUUAUUCUUUAUGAAAAUAAUAACGAUAAUACCUUACCAAAUAAGUUCACAUCUCAUGAUUCGGCCUGUUUCCUGUUUUCCUAAUCUCACCAGGCUGUAAGGAUUUGUCCUCCUGAACGAAUUACGUCAAUAUUUCAGAAGGGUGAAGAUCUUCCUAGUCUUAUAGAAUUCUGUGCGUUCUUUUUUAAAAAAACCAAACCAAAACAAGGCUACCCAUGAAUUAAAUAGUUUUUUAUUGUCAACAGUUGUUCUUUCAAUUCUAGACAAAGUUAAAAAUGAACAUACACACACAGUAAUUUUGACUUUCUACUGGCUCUGGGACAAUGGCUAUUCAUAAGUCUAUAUUUGUGUCUUUGACUUUUGAGAUUGCUUGCAGGAUUUAUAAGAAAACACAGCUAUAUUGAAAAUAUAUAGGGGGGGGGGACUAUAUCCUUACUGCCUGUCCAAAAUGCUUACAAGCUGGAAAUUCUCAUAAUUUCUUCAAAAUCUCAGCAAGAUGUAUUUAUGAUAUAUUACAUUUCUACCCCACCUUUUAGACCAUCAUGGAGUCCAGGCUGUUGGCUUCAUGGGCCUUCAGACCAGAUCCUACCCAGAUGUUCAGAAAGUUGAUGCAAGUUUUAAUCUGCAUUUGUCUAUUGUUGUUUUAACUUUUUGAAAAUCUUAAAUUAUUGUUGUUAAUUUUCUAAGUGAUAAUUAUAUAGUUUCAUCUUUAUUGUAAAUAAACCUCAGUCUAGUGGUGUAUACAUUUUAUGACAAUAAACAAGUAUCUUGGGGCAUCCCUGAAUCAUUUCUGCCCAACAGUGGCUCAUUCUGUGAAAUUGCUCCUGAAACAAUAUGUUACAGAUUGUAGAAAGGACAUAAUUGCCUUCUCUAAUACAAAUGGUUAGCUUGCUCGUUUUGACAGCUGUAUGUUGUUUAACAGACUCAGCAGAGCUCUUGCUUUAUAGGGCUACUGUUUAAAAUUAAAGUCUUUAUUGAUGCUGAAAGGGCUACUGUACUUAAUUUGGUAUGGCUUAACCAUGUGUUUGUGUUCAUAAAGAUCCCCAGAUGUCUAGUGCGUGCGCAAUCACAGCACAGCUCCCUUGUUAGGCUUGCAGGAGACAAGAUUGCUCUGUCAAGAAAGCCUACAUUUUUUUAACCACAUGACCCCCAAGGUGCUUUGUGAACAAUAAACAUUAGGAAUAGUUUUGCUUAAAGGAGCUGCUCUUGCUAUUUGGUGGUAGAAGAAAAACGUUUCAUUCCUGCUCCAGUUCUUCUCUAAUUCUCUUCGCAUGUAUCUGGAUAUGCAAGCCUCUUCUGGGGCUGUAAUACUUCUCAGAAGUGCCCUGUUUUCUUAAGAAAAUGUGUCUCAAGAUUACUUGACCUUUCAGAAGUGGAUCUGAAACCAUCUGGGGAAUUUUCUUUGCAGGAGGUCUUUGCUAACUCCCACCUAGAAAGGAUGAAAGGCUGAUUUACAUUCUCAAGAGGCCUUGAUAACCAGGUUGUUAAACAUUUACCCUUCAAUUUUGAGAACUGUUGUGCCUUCUUACCUGAAAGCAAGUAAAUAAUACAGCCCCUUGUUGCAGUCACUGAUUCAGUCAGAAAUCCACCUGUAAUUUUGUUGUUGUUACCUUGGUGUACUUUCAAUUUCAGCCCCUGUAUAUAUUUCAGUAUUUUUGUUUACUGUUCUUUUUCCUAUUUCCUUUUUGAUGUUUACAGUAAUCCUAAACAGCUGGGAAAACAUGACUAUUUCCAAAUGUUUUCGUUUCCCUGCCAUAAAUGCUGUUUGUGAAUUCUUUUUCUGAUGCAAAUAACCUCUGUACUUGAUCAGGCUUUUACCGAUCAGCUCAUCAGGGGGAGAGCCCCUGUACCACGAGAAACAUGGGCAUUCACAGUGGCUGUGUCCUUUAAAAACCUUUAAAGCAUCUACCUUGUGUAAGUGACUAGAAGUUUUGAACAGAAUACAGUCUCUGGUUUUUCUGGAUCCCAGAAGCUUACCUUUGAAGGGCUGUUCUUUUCUGAAUAGCUUUGCCCCAUCUCAUUAGGUUUACUGUAGUCAAAACUUAAUCAGGUCAGGCUUAUUUGAAAUGACAUUAUAAGCUGUGUUGGGAGUAUGCAAACCAUACCGGUUUGGCGCUCUUCUUAAGCUAGUUAAGAACAGAUUUUGAAGAGACAAAUAGUAGCAGGAGAGAAUUACUUUGCUGCUUUUGUAUAAAUUAAUCUCGGAUUCUCUGUAGGAUUACUCUUCCGCAUGCUUCAAUCCUCACAGCGAUGAAUAUGUGGUAGAUCAGCAGUCUCGCUCUCCAGACUGGCAUUACAUUUACUGAACAGUCGUUAAGUGAAGUGGCACUGCUCUUUCAUUUCGUAUUUGUGUGGACUGAGAUUAGGCAAGCACCAUUCCACUUCUUAAAUUUCCUGGGGUGUUUUUCCUCUCCAGUUGUAGAAGCGAUUCAUGAAAUGCCUUGUUGUUCUCUGCUCAGUAGUUCUAAAUGGGUAUCAGUGUUCUCAUCCCAGAGUGGGACAGUGGUGGUGUCUGUGGUUCAGAACAUGUGAUUCACUCGGUAAACUGGGACUUGUUUUGUGCGCCGAGAGCUUUUAUGUGCCUUGAACAAGGAAGGAGACUCUGGGAUGGAUUUCCCAGAACAGUCAGGAGAGCAAAAAUUUUCCAUUAGCCUUCAGACGGAGGGCUGCUUCACUGUUUCGUUUUAGCACAUUCUUGACAGAUCCACUACAGCUAAAAUGCCAGAAGUGGAACUGUCUGACGUGUACCAGUAAAUGUACGAAGCAGCUUUGAGCCAGAACAUACAAUGCCAGUGGGGUGAUAUUGUUGAGCAAAGUGACGUAAAAGACAACCCCCCCCCCCAGUCUAUAAUUGUUUUGCAUAUGGAGUCGAGAGAGCAAAGACUAACCUGUCAAAUAUGCCUUGCCAAGUCAAGAAACCUUUAUGUAAGUGGCAGUCUUUUGUUGUGCCAUCCAGUAGCAGGAGCAGAACAUAAAAAGCUGCCUUAUAUACCAAGUUAGAUCACUGAUCCGUCUAGCCUAGUAAUGUCUACUCUGACUGGUAGUGCUCUCCGGGGUUUCAGGUGGGGGUCAAAGUCACCUCCCAGCCUCUCUCCAAAACGUUUCAGCCCACUUCACCCCCAGUUAUGCCAGCCAUGGGGCUUAACUUUUCCUGCAGACUAACUCCAGAAUCUCUAAAGUGAGAGACAGGGUUCAGGAGCAAUUUGAAAAGGAAAUGCACAAGAAAACAGGUCACACAGAAGUCAGGACUUCCAUCAGCUCUGUUUGACUUCCUGUAUGGAGGAGUGGUCCAUUCUCUGUGAGCUAGCCUAGUGGUCUGAUGAGUUUCCAAGGGAGGCUUGAUUUCUAAAAGACAAUAUAUUUGUCAUUACCAUAAAAUGAGUUCUCAAACCCAGCUACCCUGCCCUGCAGCUUCCUACUGUCUACUCCUGCCGGUUGUGAGUGUUUGGUAGAAAUUAGGGGAGAAGAGUAGGAAAGACAGAGAAAUGGAAAUAGGAGCAGAAAUUGCUGUUCAUUUAUUCGUCCCAUAUCUAGAAGGGAAAUCAACCCAGUGAAUAAGAUUCAUUGUUGUUGCAUUCAGUCCACAGACAAUAUGUAGUUGAUCAUGGUCCUACCCUUCAUUUGCAUUGCAUUCCCUUUGCAUUGAUAUGACCUGGGUAGAAAACUGUGGUGACAGUGUAAUUUGCAUGAUUACUUAAUGUGAAUUGUUACAGAAUUCACCACAGUGGACAGUGAGGCAAAUAAUGCCAUUUUUGGUGGAAGACGCAUUGUAGUGGAAUGGAAACAAUGUUGCAAGUGGCAAAUGCAGGGCAGAACGAAAAGUGAUGCCUUCUUACAUCGCAAGAGGAGAUACCGCCUAAAUAAUAAUCAUAAUAAUAAUAAUAAUAAUAAUAAUUUAUUAUUUAUUAUUUAUACCCUGCCCAUCUCGCGGGGUUUCCCCAGCCACUCUUGUUUGUAAAAUUGCUGAACCCCACUGCUUGGAGAAAUUUAAUCCCUUUCAAAUGCCCAGAUCUAAAGCAAAUCCUGGACUCUUUUGUGACCCAUUAUCAAGUCCGCUUUACUACAUUGUAGUUUAUAAAUAGAUCCCUGUGUGCAUUUGUAAUCUGUUAGCCCAGGGUUGCCAACAAUGGAAGAGGAAGCAGGCUGUCCAGCCAGCGACUGCCCAGCCUUGAUGUGUUCAUCAGUCAUCGUAAGCUAACACAAAGGGGUCAUAGGGAUGUGUAUGACCCUUGGUUCUUCGGUUGAAAGGGUUCCUUUGUGCUGAUCUUGGGAAUUUCUUUUUUGGCAGUAAUUAAAACAACCACAGACCUCUGCAUUUGGAAGCUGGGCUUCCUUUUCCUGCAAAUGAUUUCCUGCUGGGAAAAGCGAUGGUGUAAAUUGAUAGCUGCAGUUAAUGAUGGUGCAAAUCAUGGCUGGAGGGAAGGAUACUGAUCAGGUUUCUGCUCUCCUUUGCGGCUUGUAAUAAGGUAUUAAUUUCAGUAUCACACAUAACAUUGUGUUCUGAGGCAAGAGCCCCUGUGCAUUGUGGUUUGUCAGAUGGACCCAGACACAGUGCUUUUUUUUUUUAUUAAAAAAAAGGUUAAUGCCAGCACCAAAGGAAAGCCUAGUUUUCAACAGUUGUGCAUCUCCCCUCCUUCUUCUUUGGCGAUCACUCGUAGCCAAGUAAGACGGUUUUAACAAUGAGUCCGUAACUCUUCCUUAUCUGUUGUAUCAGGGCCGCACAACAGGGAGGAGGAAUAACAGGCCUCUUCUGACUGCAGGCUUGCCUCCCAGCCAUUCUCUGACAGCAAGCCCUACUGACUGGGGCCCUGAUCCUGCCUCUGCACAAAAGGGGAAAGCUCAGAGGGGUGGCAGUCCCUGGUGGUCCUUUACAGCUUCCCUCCCCUCUUCGGAUCCAUUCAGUCUAUCCUAAUAGAAGGAACCACCUACAGUGGUACCUCGGGUUAAGUACUUAAUUUGUUCCAGAGGUCCAUUCUUAACCUGAAACUGUUCUUAACCUGAAGCACCACUUUAGCUAAUGGGGCCUCCAGCUGCUGCCGUGCCGCCGGAGCACAAUUUCUGUUCUCAUCCCGAAGCAAAGUUCUUAACUCAAGGUAAUAUUUCUGGGUUAGCGAAGCCUGUAACCUGAAGCCUAUGUAACCUGAAGCAUAUGUAACCCGAGGUACCACUGUACUUAUAAAAAUAUGUUGUUGUUAUAAGCAAUAACUACCAGGGUGCCAACUUGAAUAAAAUAUUGAGUGGGGCAGGUGAUCCCCGCACCACAUAAUUGAUCACAUGACGCAGUGCAUGCACACCAUUUGAAUAAUAAUGUACAUUAACUUGGCGGGGGGCUAAAAUAUUUGGGGGGGCAAAGACCCCUCGGCCUCUAGGAAUUGGCUCCUAUGAUAACCACCGUAAGCACUGCAAUGUUGUCAUAAGUGACUCUCCUUUGGGGGGUUAAAGUCCCCCUAUUGUUUGUCGGGGCCUCUAGAAUGUCCUUUGUCCCCCAUUUGUGCAUCUCAGCUGGUCAUUAUGCUGGUUUUUUACUCCGACCAGCCUUUCAUGACUCCUGUUUCCAUGAGGAUUUUAUCUUGAGGGUUCUCUUUUUCCUUUUCUUUGGUAGCUAACAAUGUGAAAAACCUGAUAAUGUGUUUCAGGCCCAGCGCAGAGAUGCUUUCAUUGAAGAGCGCUAUGGAAAAUUCAACAUUAGUGAUCCGCUGAUGGCUCUUCAGAGGGAUUUUGAGGCGCUGAAGGAAGAGAACCAUGGCGAUAAGCAGCCCGUUUGUGCCAAUCCCUUGUCCAUCCUGAAGGUUGUGAUGAAACACUGCAAGAAUAUGCAGGAAAAAAUGUUGUCCCAGCUUGCAGCUGCAGAGAGCAGGCAUCGAAAGGUGGGUUUCAUGAGGUGGGAGGGAGGGAAGGGGAAAAGAGAAAGAAAGAUACUGCGUAACAGGUUAACAUUACAUAUUGGACCACUUUUAUAAUUUGAUGUGACAUUUUCAUUGCUGUUUUGCACAUUUCUGUGUCUCAAAUGUUGCUUAUGUUCAGUCAAAUCACGUUGCAGGGCUAACAUCCUCUAUAUGAUGCCUCUAACUAGCACUCUUCAGAUAAUAAAACACAAACGUGUUGUGAUUUUUACUAUUGAUGCUGCUAUUGGAACCACAGGGAACUUCUCAGAAUUGAUUAAAGAUGAUCUAGCUCAGGGGUGGGGAAGCUCAGGCCUGUGGACCAAAGGCACCCUCAGCCACACUGACUUGGUUCAUAGCAGGGGAACAACUGACCGACUCUAGCGGUCAAAGCUCUUUCAUGCACCAUGAUUCUCUUGGAAUGGGCUGGAAACAAUCUCCAGCUCCCAGCUGUUACCAAAUGCUGCUCAAAGCAGGUUUUAAAGCACUUGAGGUAGAGUUGUUCGAAGUGCUACAAGAUUCCUCAUUUUCUCUCCCUGGUUUUUGUGCUGCUAGUGACUGAAACAGUUGUCUCUCUAAAUUAACACACAACAAAACUAUAUUUGUACAAAUUUCAUUUUUGACCCAGUCAGCAUCCUGAAGACUUUCAUUCUUCUGAGCGUCUGUUUUUGUCCAUCUGUUUAGGUUUUCUUCUGCUGGGCUCAAAUUCAUAUAACAACUGAUUCAGGUUUUCAGAAUUGUUCAGCAAAUUAUUUCAACAAAGUGUCACUAUGUGCGUGUCUGUUGCUGUUCUUUCUGCAUGUUUUUGUCAUUUCUUUCACAAGCCGAAAGAGGACAAACCUUGAAAAUUGCCGAAAAUAGACGGGGGUGGGUUGAUAGUCUAGUUUCUCAGAACCCUUACACGUAAGUAAAGGUCAGGGGUUCUGCAUGCCUUCAUUAGAGCUUUCAUUUUUGCUUUCGGCAGAAAGGGACCUGGCCUGCACAUCUGGAUACACUUGUAAUUAUUGCUGUCUUUCAAGGUGAUGGAUGGUGUUCUUUUCUCUUUUGAAAGGUAAUCUUGGAUCUUGAGGAAGAGAGGCAGAGGCACGCCCAAGAUACUGCUGAGGGGGAUGAUGUCACGUACAUGCUGGAAAAGGAGCGAGAGCGGCUCACCCAACAGGUAUACCCUCUCACUCCUUACUCAGCGUUCAGGGAGGAGUGAUUAAUUGCUGUUUAACACAGAAAACUUGCCUUGCGUGGGUGAGGAGACCAGCAGCCAGCACCAGUAUUUCUGUCUCCGAGACUUGGUUCUCCCCCUGCAAACAUGGAAGGAGACUUACUAAGAGGGAGAGUUUUUGCUCCAUUGCAGAGGCCAGUCAGUUUUGGUCUUUGUAGGAACACAUAAAGAAGCAAAGAGAUGUAGUAGUAGUAAAAAGGUAAAGGUACCCCUGCCCGUACGGGCCAGUCUUGACAGACUCUAGGGUUGUGCGCUCAUCUCACUCUAGAGGCCGGGAGCCAGCGCUGUCCGCAGACACUUCCGGGUCAUGUGGCCAGUGUGACAUCGCUGCUCUGGCGAGCCUGCACCAGCGCAGCACACGGAACGCCGUUUACCUUCCCGCUAUAAAGCGGUACCUAUUUAUCUACUUGCACUUUAAGGGUGCUUUCAAACUGCUAGGUGGGCAGGAGCUGGGACCGAAAGACGGGAGUUCAUCCCACCGCGGGGAUUCGAACCACCGACCAUAAGAUCGGCAAGUCCUAGGCACUGUGGUUUUACCCACAGCGCCACCCACGUUAUUAUUAUUAAUUUACUAUUUGUACCCCACCCAUCUGGCUGGGUUUCCCCAGGCACUCUGGGCGGCUUCCAACAAAGAUUAAAAAUACAUUAAAAUGUCACACAUUAAAAACUUCACUGAACAGGGCUGCCUUCAGUUGUCUUCUAAAAGUCUGGUAGUUGUUUAUUGCCUUGACAUCUGGUGGGAGGGCGUUCCACAGGGCGGGUGCCACCACUGAGAAGGCCCUCUGCCUGGUUCCCUGUAGCUUUGCUUUUCGCAAUGAGGGAACCUCCAGAAGGCCCUCGGUGCUGGACCUCAGUGCCCGGGCAGAACGAUGGAGGUGGAGACGCUCCUUCAGGUAUACUGGACCGAGGCCGUUUAGGGCUUUAAAGGUCAACACCAACACUUUGAAUUGUGCUCGGAAACAUACUGGGAGCCAAUAUAGGUCUUUUAAAAUAACAUUUGAGGAUAAAAGGAAAUGCAGCUUAUGAAAUUUGAUAUACCCUGUGCAUUUUAGUGGUAGUGAAAAUAUGAUUGUCUUCUCUCCCCUCUUCUGUUUGCCCAUGGGAAGAAACGGGGGUCAGUUGAAUUUUCCCCCAGUGCCAAUGGCUGUGGCAGUUAAGAUCAGGACUGCAGUGGGAGCAAAGUUUAAAAGCCCACCCCUGGUCCCAUUCUGGACUGGAGGCUCAAUGCCUACCAUUUGCCUGGAGGGGAGGGGAUUCCCCCUCCCCCCAUUUCAAAUUGCAGUCGCACAGUGGGAACAGGUUUGUGUUUGUGUGAUAGGAUGAAUGGAUUUUUGACUCCACCCCUACCUACUGCAAGUAGGAAGUCUCUUACACUGUUAACCUACAAGAAUGUGGCCCUCAGUUUGCAGGAAGUGCCCACUCCCGACCUACAUUAUGUACUCAACAAUUAGACUGGUGACUGGGAGCUGGUGCCGAGACCAUAUAACACCGGUCUUGAAAGACCUAAACUGGCUCCCAGUACGUUUCCGAGCACGAUUCAGAGUGUUGGUGCUGACCUUUAAAGCCCUAAAUGGCCUCGGUCCAGUAUACCUGAAGGAGUGUCUCCACCUCCAUCGUUCUACCCGGACACUGAGGUCCAGAGCCAAGGGCCUUCUGGCAGUUCCCUCACUGAGAGAAGCCAAGUUACAGGGAACCAGGCAGAGAUCCUUCUUGGUGGUGGCGCCCUCCCUGUGGAACUCCCUCCCACCAGAUGUCAAAGAGAAGAACAACUACCAGACUUUUAGAAGACAUCUGAAGGCAGCCCUGUUUAGGGAAGUUUUUAAAUAUUUAAUAGGUUAUUGUAUUUUAGUGUUCUCUUGGAAGCAGCCCAGAGUGAAUGGGGAAACCCAGCCAGAUGGGCAGGGUACAAAUGAUAAAUUAUUAAAUAAAUUAUUAUUAUUAUACAGGUGUCUAAAUCAUCUUCCGUUGAUUUAGACACCUGUCAGCCCGGGAGGACAGAAUUUUCACAAGAAAGACCUUUGUUUUUCUUGCACUCGUUCUCCCCUCGUUAACUGACACAACUGGCUUUGAGGGUCUUUCUGUUUGUGGAGAGUGUUUGAGAAGCCAAACAUGGUCCCCUCCUUCCCCUAAGCCUCUUUCUCUUCCCUUCCAGCUGGAAUUUGAGAAGUCCCAGGUGAAGAAGUUUGAAAGGGAGCAGAAGAAGCUCUCGAGUCAGCUGGAGGAGGAGCACGCCCAUCACAAGCAGCUCUCCUCCAUGCUGGUGCUGGAGUGCAAGAAAGCCGCCGCCAAGGCUGCGGAGGAGGGGCAGAAGCUGGGGGAGCUGAGCGGGAAGCUGGAGAAGGAGAGGAGCAAAGUGAGCCAGCUGGAGGAGGAGCUGGCAGCCAAGAAGAAGAGGGGCUUGCAGAUGGAGGCCCAGGUCGAGAAGCAACUCUCUGAGUUCGACAUCGAGCGGGAGCAGCUGAGAGCCAAGCUGAACCGGGAAGAGAACCGCACCAAGGCCCUGAAGGAAGAAGUGGAGCAGCUGAAGCAGACCCUCAAGGAGCUGGAGGCUUCCUGCAAAGCAGAGAACCCUCCACCAAGUGUCGCCAAGGUGUCCAUUGCGACCGUCACAGAAGACCCAUAUCGGUCCGUCGCUUGCCAGACAGAAAGCCCCUUGAAGGAGAGCCAGGGAAGCACCAUCAAACUGGCACGUGCCCUCUCGCCUGUUGCUGCCACGGCCCCCCACUCUUAUGCCAAGGCAAAUGGGCACUGUGAGGUUGAUGCACAAGCAAGCGUGGAGCCAGCCCAGCCCAGCAUGGAGAAUCUGGAGAAGAACAAGCCUGCCGGGUCCACUGCUGAGGGUCCCACCGAAAACAGCAGCUCCCCGGUGAGGACAGAGUCUCUUUCCCCAUCCAUCCCGCCGCUGCCUUCCAGUGGGAUCUCCUUGUCUCCGAGCAACACCGCCUCUUCCUCGCUGACAUCCUCCCCGUGCUCCUCCCCAGUGAUGACUAAGCGCUUGGUUGGAGCCUUGGCCAGCAGCCCCAGUUACCAGUCUUCUUACCAGGUGGGCAUCAACCAGCGCUUCCACGCUGCUCGCCACAAAUUCCAGUCCCAAGCUGACCAGGACCACCCGUCGAGCGGUCUCCAAAGCCCUCCGUCCAGGGACCUGUCGCCUACCCUCGUUGACAACUCGGCCGCCAAGCAGCUUGCUCGCAACACUGUUACUCAGGUCCUCUCCAGGUUCACCAGCCAGCAGGGUCCUAUCAAGCCCGUCUCGCCCAACAGCUCCCCCUUUGGCACGGACUACCGGACCCUGGCCAGCGCCAUGAGCCCCAAAAGCGAGUCGAGCCCAGGCAAAGUCUCCAGCCCGCUCUCGCCUGGCAUUAAAUCGCCAACCAUACCCAGAGCCGAAAGAGGGAACCCUCCGCCGAUUCCUCCAAAGAAACCUGGGCUGGCUCCUUCUCCAGCCAGCCACACUCCACCGACGAAGACCUCUUCUCAGGCACCUUCUCUGGGUUCCCCUGCGGACUUGGUGAGCAGCUGCUCAAUCAAUGCCGUGGUGGCCAACGGGAAGGAAAUUGAGAUCUUACUGCCAGCCAACAGCUAGUCUCCAGAAAGAGCUGCAAUCCGAGCGUUUGCAAUUCCUAGAGCUGAAACACUGUCUUAGCCACUCCAUGUUAUUUAUUAUUUGGGUAGUAACAAAAAUCUGUUUGUAUAACACACUUAGUGUCCUUUUCCUUUUAUUUUAUAGCGUGUAGAAAAUAGCACGACUUGUGUACAGACCUUUCUUAAACACUAGAGCCUCAAGGUCUCUCAUAGCAGCAGGCAGGCACAUCAAACAGAGAGAGAAAAAGAGACGGAGAGAUGCGGUGAAUUCCUGAUGCUGGGAGCGGACCAGCGGACUAUGACGACGGAAUACUCAUUUUUAAAUUAUGCAGAAAAAAACACAACACUCCAUGCAAACUUCCAUUCCAGACAGACAUUUUCUAAGAAGUGCCUGAGCUUAAGCCUGCAGAUAUGAAUGUGAUUCUCUGCAAAUCCCAGAAGGGAUCGUCCAACUGCAGAAAGCAGUUUCCUCUCUGAAUCAUGAAUGUUGAAAUCAACACUGUUCUUAAUCCUUUCCAGUUCGCAGUACACUACAGAAGGGGAAUGUUCCAAAGGUGACCGCUAGAGUCGGUCAGUUGUUUCCCUGCUAUGAACCAAGUCAGUCCAUGUAGCUGCUGUGUCAGGAGCACUUUGGCCCCUGUUGCUGAGCUUUAGGCAUCCCAGGCCUUUCUGAUGACAUAACCUUUCUUUAAAAACACUUUGGGAGCUUUAAACAAUCAGGGUGCCAGUUUGUUUGGGUUUUCUUUUUCCCAGUCAAGUAUCCAUUCCUUGCAUUUUUCUCUUGCGCAGAGAGAUAAAAUAGGCGAGAUUAAAUCUUGAAAGCUAGCUUUUAAUAUUCUUCACAUAGUCUACUGUUGUGUGUGUGUGUGUGUAGAACUUCUGAGAGCGGGAUCUUGUUAUUUGAUAAAGAUCUUUAACUUUACUUGAAAUGAGAAAUGGUUAGUCAAUUCUAUACAGGUUUUUGCAUUGGAAGGAUAGGGAUCCAUACUAGACGAUCCAAAGCAAUAACUUAAAACGUGCUCAUGCCGCAGUAAUCCUGUAUGUUGAGCUGACAUCGGUCUUGCUGCCUAAGGGGCGCUUGCUGAGAGAAGGCAGCCCAACCUCCCUGGCAGCGCUGUGGAAACCAAAUCAUUAUUAUUAUGUUUCACGUAUAGAUGCAUAUAUAUGUGGGAAAUGAGGGGAGUCUUCAGGUAGUGCACACAACUCAUUUAAUCUUGGUUUGAUGAUAUCGUUGAAAUUCUUCAUAUCUCAAAAAAGAAAAAGGAACGAGGAACUACACUUACAGGGUGAAAUCCAACACUGCUUGCACGCUGGGACCUGACCUUUCUCUCUUCCCUCCAUCCCCAGAAUUUCUCCCGAAGGGCUGCAAACUCUCCAGGUUUUGAGAGUGCAUGGAGGGCAGUGGGGUGGGGUAGGAGGAAGAGUGAAGUGUGUCCCACUUAAACAGCGGCACGGCGUUGGAUUCAACCCACGAGGAAGCUGUUCUUAAGCUUUAUAUCCCCUACGUCUGAGAACUUUUCCCCUAGUAAAGAUGGUUAGUGACAUGGGGCAGAUACAGGACUGAAGAAGUCUUCGUUCUAAUGAAGAAGCUCCCUGUACUGUACAUGUCUUACGCCUUUGACCCUCGCAAGCCAUGUGUCUGGCUCCUGUCUCAAAUGGUGCCAGGCUGCUUGGCCCUGAGAUAUUGCAGGAGUGUGUGGUCAAGCUUCCGAAUACACUGACCUUAACACAUUUCGCCAUUUCCCCUAGAAUCAAUCUGCACAAAUAAACAUUUUAAAAAUGUAAUAUAAUGUUGCUGUUUUUACAUGAGGACCAGCAGGUGUCAUGUUGCGAGACGCGUGUGGCUCUCCUCUUCCUGCUCCUCACAGCCUCCACCUUGGACACGCUCCCCACCUGACCAGGGGGAGCUUUGCAGGUGCAGAUCCUGCCCCAUUGGUACCUGCAAAAGCCUUUCCCUCUGUCGGCAGGAAAAGCACUUUCCAAAGGGCCGUGUCUGUGUGUUUUUUGAGGGGAGAGACGGUUACUGUUUUGUUUGACAGCCAUCUCACACAUCUCACUCUCCAAUCUUUGGGGCAAGAGAAACAGCAUGGGGUGUGCUGAGGACCUGCAGUUCUGGCCCUGUCCAACCCUGUGUCUAGCUCCCACGGCCCUCCGUCAGUUUCCUCUGAGGGAAUGCGGCCCUUGGAGGGGGGAGAAGCUUGUCCUAUUCCUUCACUGGACCAAAGCUCUUGAAUACUUUUUUAAAAAAAAUAAUAAUUGGUGCUGCUUCAAAUUGCCACUCUCUGGUCUUGCAAGUUGGUCUAUUGCUCUGCUGGAAGCAUUUUUGCCAAUUGACUUGUUAUUUCUGAGGGCAGGCUCUCAGGCAUAUGAGGACAUAGGAGGUCCUGCCACAUGAUCCCAUCCCUCUUAAAUUUUGAUCCGUGUGCCGCAGUUCCCAUUUUUCUGGCCAAUUGUAAUUGCUGGUUGCUUGCAGGCAGAUAGGAAACAACUCUGACAAGCACACAGAACAGCUCGCUUGUGCUGUCCCAGUGUCCGGAUGUGGGCCGUGCAGCUGAAAAUGGGGUGAAUGGUUUCUUUCCAGCGUCUCUUCUAAUCUUAAAACAGGAGGGUUUUGUAGCAGCCCUUUAAAUAUUUCCUUGUGUUUACACUAACUUGUAUCCUUUCUUUACGAUAUGAUAGAGAUUUAUAUACAAUAAUUUUAUUAGGAAAUGCACUGAGUACUGUAUUCAACAAUGGAUUAUAGGAAGGGAGAAUGCAAGAGGAAAGAUGUAUUUUUGCUAGUAGCCUAUCUUCUGAGAUUAAACAAAGCACAACUAUUAAAAUGGUUCCAGCUAAUCCAGUGAGACUUCUAGGGUUAGUCUUUUAAGUUCUCUAUAGACUUGUGUGUAUGGGAAUAUAAUGUUUAAUCUUCUCUGAAUCGUGUGUUGCUAGAGAGGUUUGUCACUGGCUAAUGGGAAUUUAAUGAAGUUCAGACUGCAUAAUCUAGUAUUAAUUGUCAUUAACAUCUGUAUAUUUGUAAAGUCAAAUGUCUGAAGCAGAAGUCUUUUUACCAUUUUUAUAGCUGGCAGCAUUAAACCUUAAACGUUCAUACUAUCAAUAAAGGUUUUUAUUUUUAUGAUGUGAAUAUUGUACAAGAACGUGUUUUCAAAGUACACCGUGCAGCUUGUAUCCUUGGAUGUUUUUGCUGAACAUUCAUGAAGCUUUGGGGCAGUUCAGUCUUUAUUCUUCAGCUUUUAGGCAGUGUGUGCCAGUAGCACACCAAGCUUUGCAGAACAUGAUGGUGUGGCUCUGCAGCCACCUUUGAAUUCCCAGCCCUUCAUUUCUAAAGCACCUCCUGAUUACCUUGCAUCGUGGACCAGUGCCCUUCCUAAACUAAGGAAAUACCGUAUUUUUUUCUCUAUAAGACUCACUUUUUCUCUCCUAAAAACUAAGGGGAAAUGUGUGUGCGUCUUAUGGAGCAAUGCAGGCUGCGCAGCUAUCCAAGAAGCCAGAACAGCAAGAGGGAUUGCUGCUUUCACUGCACAGCGAUCCCUCUUGUUGUUCUGGCUUCUGAGAUUCAGAAUUUUUUUUUCUUGUUUUCCUCCUCCAAAAACUAGGUGCGUCUUGUGGUCUGGUGCAUCUUAUAGAGCGGAAAAUACGGUACUUAUUCACUGGGGGUUGUUCAUCUUUUAAACCAUUUCUAUCUGCUACUUUGGUUUAUCUGCGGGAGCAACCGACUACACCAGAAUCUAUGCACAACUGUGGAGGUCAAGUCCCAGGACUUUGCAGGGGAAAGGGACACUUGGCUACUGCCCUACGAUCAGAUGAAGGGUAGUAUAGCAAGUUAAUAAAUACCAGUAAUAGUGGUGCAUGUGCACCAGUUCUGCAGAUCACACUUCUGCAGGUAACCAGAUUCUCCCUCCCCUUCUGGGAGAGGAGGUGGACUCUGCUGCAUAAGGCAAAGUCCUCUCCCUAGGCAGGAAUGCUGAAAAACAUCAUUUACACCAUCAAAACCCUGUUAAGUUCCACCUGCCACUUUUUCUAACAUGCUGUGCUCAGAUCGAUGAAGGUAUUAAUCUGCGUGGUGGCAGUCUGCUUAACCCUGUCCAUUUCUUGGGCAAUGACUCCUGAGAGCCUCAGAGCAGCUCUGCACACCUGCUUCCCAUUUAUGGGAAGAGACUCAAACUGAGCAUCUUUAGCAGCUGAAUGCAUGUACUGGUGCUUUUUUGCACUGCUAAAGAGGGGGGGCCAAGCCUUGUCCAAAGCUGUUUUUCCUUACACUGAAAUGUGCGGCUCCUCUGUCCUCAUGAGCCAGAGUUGGGGGUGAGUUGAACUGUGUGUUUUUUUUUACAUAUAUGUUGAAUGAUGGGACAAUAUAAGGUUGUAUAAAACUACUUUUUACUCAGAGUAAAUGCAUUAAAAUUAAUGGCCAUAACUAAUUUAGGUUCAGUGGGUCUGAUCCGAGAAAAAGUUAGCAGAUUACAACCC